AUGACUUCGUCAUCUCGCUUCAUCCAAGUGGCUCUGGCCGUCACCAUUGCCAGACUAGCAUCCGCCCAGACAAACCCAAACGCACAAGGCGCUUGCGCAAAAACAACAGGCGGUUCAAAUGCAUGCGGUCCCAACGGUUCCGAAGCCUGGCUUAACACUGGCCUUGAUGGCGAUGGUUGGAAUCCGCCCUUCUUGGACAUCAACAGUCUGUCACACAUCAGCCUGUCAGACUACUAUAAUGGCGUCGGUGCACCUUGCCGACAGUAUGACCAGUACUUCCAGUCGUCCGGCCAGAAGUACAACAUCGAUCCCGCCAUCUUGGCCUUCAUUGCCAUGCAGGAGUCUUCUUGCAACGCUGAUGAGGGCGGCCCAACUCCCGGCCUGAUGCAGUGCGAUCCUGGAAACUGCCAGAACGGCCAGAGCAGCUGCCAGUAUCCCAUCCAGGACAAUGUCGAUUGCGGUGCCUGGGUUCUUCGGGGUGCCCUUAAUAACACGGGCGGCAAUGCUGUCCACGCUCUGGGCUCAUACAAUGGAUGGUACACGGCUAGUGAUGGCACUGGACUCAACGGCGGCAGAGGAAUUACGCAGGACUAUCCCUGCUCUCAGGAAGGGAGGAAUCACGGAGAUCCCCAGAAUCUCAACUAUCUCCACGAGACGCUCAAUGGAUGGUUCCUGGGCUACGACAUGUACGGUUCUGACGCAAAUCUCGAUGGAUCUUACAGAUGCACGGGAAGCUGUAGCGACGGUGGUCUAUGUUAG